AUGUUCCGCGAGACGUUCGGCCACUUUGCCGACCUUGUGACCGAUGCCUUUGGGAACCACCUUUGCCAGAAGCUGCUCGAGUGCAGCGCCGACGACCGGGGCUUGAACGUCAUCUGCGAGAGCGUCGCACAGGACCUCGUCACGAUCUCCCUCAACAUGCAUGGUACUCGCGCUGUUCAGAAAAUGAUCGACGUCUUGAGCACGCGCCGUCAGGUCAGUGGUAUUGUUACUUCAUCCCGCACCCCGUAA